UCUUAAUCCGCGACACAUCGUAGUGGGUCAUGACACCUCACGUCCAUUCAUAGUAUCCAUCGAGCGAGCAUCCUCACCAUGCUCGUGUUGUGUCCACCCCGAUGCCACGCGCCCGCCAGAUCGUAUUUCGCAUCUUCUACAGCACCUCCUUCACCAUCGUCUUCCUCCUGACAAUCUCAUUUAUAUGCGUCACCCCCGCCGAUGCACUCUACGAAUCCUACAAACGCAGACGUCUACUCGACAUCUUCCUCAUAACAGGCGACUAUGUGGUCACCGCCCUUAUUGCGUCGCUCAUAUAUGCGAGCAGACUCUACACCAACCGCUCCGUUCUCAAGGACAUCCCGAAGACGUUCCUACCGAUUGAAAAAGAGGACUUGCCUGGUCGGCGCGUACACCGAUUGAUUCAAGACUGUCUCGAGCGCAGCGCAGUCAUAGCGUACCAGGCCCGGCCGAAGAGUAAACGGAUCGAAUAUGACAACACCAUUGUCCUCGGGAGAAUGCGAUCGCUCGUCCUGGCAAGCACGAAAGAGAGCCAAAGCCACGAGCCGCCCUGGGGCAAGAUCGAACAUCCGGGGUGGUGCUCACCCGCAGCGGCAGAUCAUCCGGGUCUCGAAUAUGCGACUGUCAUCGACGAGUUGAUUGACCUCGUUGAAGCGAAGGCCGUGAGUCUGGCGCCUGUCGACCCGCUCGGCGAAUCGGGACAAGAUGGGUCGCCAUUACCUGAUCCCAGGGUGAUCGAUGAACUCACCCGCCUAGACACGAUGGGCAUGCGGCAAUACUUGCGGCGGUUGAUUGAGAUCGGCGUAGUGCCCGACACGAGCCUACCGGUUGCUUUUCUGACGGCGUACGAGCGGGCACGAUUUUCGAGCCGUCCCCUCACGGACGACGAGUUUCAAGGGUUGAUGCGCAUGUUCGCCGAGCUACUGAGGAAUAUGGCGCCUGUGGAUGUCGACAUGCUCGAUCUGGAAGAUUCAGCAUACAGCUCCUCGGAAAGGGGUGGCAUGAAUCAUGACCAGCGCCGACCAUCCGCGCACACGGACCCUACGAUCUCAUCAGCGGCAUCGACUUUCUCGGAGAACGGAUCCGUCCGACACCAUCUGCCUCCUCCCCGGCGCGUGUCUGAGGACUCAGCACCGUCAUUGUCCUCUGUAGAGGUGCGCAAGUAUACGGACGAGGACGAGGACGAUGACAUGGACGCACGCUCAUUACGUACGGCGCCGACGAGAGCCACUAGUGCGCGAUCCCGACCGGGACUCGGCUCGAUGUCGCGUAUAGCGUCAGCCGUGUCGAGACAGAGCUUGCAAACUACCAAUUCCAGCGGCUCACUGCGCUCGACAAGCUCGGCACGGUCGUCGGACUUGAGUCCACGACGGACAAGGACCAGGUCGUCCGGUGGCAGUGUGAUUCGCCUGACUCGAUCAAGCGACAGGAGCGAGCUGCCGUAUACGAUUCAGGUCCCGCAGACUGACAGGCCUCGAUCUUGAUAUUUUGUGACAUGAUGUGUUACCAAGCAAGCGAAUUAGGAAGCCCUUGGAUUGCUCAUCGCUACGCGAACACGACGUUUAGUCAAGGCUCUUUAAUGAUGAAAAUAAUAAAGCAUCCAACAA